GUUAAAAUCACGAACGGUUGGAUCGGUUAAGUUGGAUUAAAAUGAGAAUCCCGGAAGAAAAUGAAAUAAACAAGUCGAAGAGAGUAGUCAUCGACCCCUAAUAAAAUCCAGUGAAGAAGAAGAUUGAGUGAGUGAGAGAGAGAGAGAGAGAGAAGAUGGGGGUUGAUUUCUAUAAGGUUCUUGAAGUUGAUCGAAGUGCUAAUGACGACGAGCUUAAGAAAGCUUAUCGCAAACUCGCCAUGAAAUGGCAUCCUGAUAAGAACCCUAACAACAAAAAAGAAGCCGAAGCUAAAUUCAAGCAGAUCUCUGAAGCUUACGAUGUUUUGAGUGAUCCUCAGAAACGAGCAAUCUACGAGCAAUACGGAGAAGAAGGUUUAAACCAAGCCCCACCUCCCGGCGCCGGUGGUGGCUAUCCUGGAGGAUCAGACGCCGGAGCUUCUUUCCGGUUCAAUCCCAGAAGCGCUGAUGAUAUCUUCUCCGAGUUCUUUGGUUUCACGAGGCCUUCUUUUGGUACGGGAAGCGACUCACGCGCAGGACCUUCUGGCUUUAGGUAUGGCGAUGAUAUCUUCGCUUCCUUCAGGGCUGCUACUACCGGAGGAGAAGCCUCCAUUCCUUCUAGGAAAUCUGCUCCUAUUGAGAGACAAUUGCCUUGUAGCUUGGAGGAUUUGUAUAAAGGUGUCUCCAAGAAGAUGAAGAUCUCUCGUGAUGUUCUUGACUCUUCCGGGUUUGUUUUUCCAUUGAUGAUCACACAUUUGGCUUUUAGUAGAGGGAUAUAUCUGCUGCUUUUGGCCAAUUUCUUUCUAGAACAGUUUAAACUCUCUUUCUGUGGAGUUUGGUUCCAAAUGUUUAGUCUAUGAAAGCUAUAAUAGUCUAUAGAGUCAGCUUAUUAGAAAGUUCUUCUUUUGAACAGGUUUUUGUUAGCAUCUAAGUUGUGUACUCUGUGACCUUUAUUCAGUAUUUGAUCUCUCUAUCGGCACAUAAAUGAUAGAUGUAAGUGUAGGAACCGAUAGCUAUAGCUAACCAGGACAUUCCUUGACCUACUUAACCACUUUCAUUAUGGAUUUUAGCUUCAUCUGUUUUUUCAUGAAAACGGAAAUCUCUUCAACUCUACAAAUUGUAAUGGUGUCUCUUGUCUUCAAUUUGAUUCAUCUCUAAUCCUUGUUAGAAUGUCUGCUUAAAGCUCUCUUGAAUAUCUUCCUUUUCGCAAUCUCAAGUAUCGAAAUUCAUUCCUACUUUUUGUGAUUUCCACUACCAUGAGUAUAAAGACAUUACUGAAAUUUUAUUUUCUACGUUCUUCUACUGACAAAACCUCUGUUUAUCCUUUAAUGCAGGAGGCCAACACCGGUUGAGGAGAUCUUGACGAUAGAAAUUAAACCCGGUUGGAAAAAAGGAACAAAGAUAACCUUCCUGGAAAAAGGUAAUGAGCAUCGUGGAGUCAUACCAUCCGAUCUCGUUUUCAUCGUAGACGAGAAACCGCAUCCCGUUUUCAAACGAGACGGGAAUGAUCUUGUGGUAAUGCAAAAGAUUUCUCUAGUGGAUGCUCUCACAGGUUACACCGCACAGGUCACUACUCUUGACGGAAGAACCUUAACAGUUCCGGUAAACAAUGUGAUCAGUCCGUCGUACGAAGAGGUGGUGAAAGGAGAAGGCAUGCCGAUCCCUAAAGAUCCGUCAAGAAAAGGAAACUUGAGAAUCAGAUUCAUCAUCAAGUUCCCUUCGAAGCUAACCACUGAGCAGAAAUCAGGGAUCAAGCGGAUGUUAUCACCUUGAAUGUCCAAAGAUUGAAGCAUCUCGUUUCAGUUUUUUCAAUCUGCUAGCUUUUUUGGAAUCUUUUAGAAGCAGAAUAUGUGCUUAUGGUUUUUUUAAUUUAUUUUGGUUGCAUUUUGGUAAGGUUUUUAAGGGAAAUACAUACCACCAAAUGAUGCCGGUUUAGUUAGUAAUGACUGACGACUAGUGAAGUAAAGUCUCUCCUUAUAUCUCUUUGCUAAAAGCUUCAAUAUUUGUUUAAUAGUAAACAUUGUCAACAGAUUUGGAAAGACUAAAUCAACGUUUAACAAUAUGUCAAAAUGUAAUUCAAAUUGAUUAAUCAUAGUAGCG